CCCAACCACGAAAGGCGGUCGGCCCGUCAAACCCAAAUCCAAACCCAGACCCAAGCCGCACUUCGCCCCCUCCCGCUUCCCUCCGCCCUCACCUCACCCCAUCCAGCCGCCGCCGCCGCCGUCCACGCCGCACCGCCCACCCGCCUCCCCCGGCCCUAUCUCCACACCACACGGACCCGCAUCCCCCCGCAACCGCAGUAUCUGCGGUACCCUCCCCUCUAGCUGCGGCCGCCGCUGCCUCGACCGGACCCUAGAACCCAGUCGGGGUCGCGCGCGCCUCGCCAGAGCGGGCCCGUCCGGGGGCCGCGGCGGAACCUGGGGACUAUUCCCUUGCCCUCUACGGAGGAGAACCAUAGGGGGAGGGUGAGCGCCGAGGAGAGGCAAGAUGAGGAUCAUGAUAAAGGGCGGCGUGUGGAAGAACACAGAGGACGAGAUCCUCAAGGCGGCCGUCAUGAAGUACGGCAAGAACCAGUGGGCGCGCAUCUCGUCGCUGCUCGUCCGCAAGUCCGCCAAGCAGUGCAAGGCGCGAUGGUACGAGUGGCUCGACCCAUCUAUCAAGAAGACCGAAUGGACAAGGGAAGAGGAUGAGAAGCUACUCCAUCUUGCUAAACUCAUGCCUACUCAAUGGAGGACGAUUGCACCUAUUGUAGGUCGGACACCAUCUCAGUGCCUUGAGCGUUAUGAGAAACUUCUUGAUGCUGCCUGUGCGAAGGAUGAGAAUUAUGAACCUAAUGAUGACCCGAGGAAGUUGCGGCCUGGUGAAAUUGAUCCAAACCCCGAGUCAAAACCUGCUCGUCCUGAUCCUGUCGAUAUGGAUGAAGACGAAAAGGAGAUGCUCUCUGAGGCAAGGGCUCGAUUAGCUAACACCAGGGGUAAAAAGGCAAAACGGAAAGCAAGAGAGAAACAACUUGAAGAGGCUAGGCGGCUUGCUUCACUGCAGAAAAGGAGAGAACUGAAGGCGGCUGGUAUUGAUACACGGCAGAGGAAGAGAAAGAGAAAGGGAAUUGAUUAUAAUGCUGAGAUUGCUUUUGAAAAGAGACCACCUCCAGGCUUUUAUGAUACGGUUGGUGAGGACAAGCCACCUGAGCAUGUGCAGUUUCCAACUACUAUCGAGGAGCUUGAAGGGAAGAGAAGAGUGGACAUGGAGGCACAAUUGAGAAAGCAAGACAUUGCCAGGAACAAGAUUCUGCAGCGGCAAGAUGCCCCUUCUGCGAUAAUGCAAGCCAAUAGACUCAAUGAUCCGGAAGCUGUUACAAAGAGGUCCAAACUGAUGCUUCCACCACCACAAAUUUCUGACCAUGAGUUGGAGGAGAUAGCUAAGAUGGGUAGUGCUGGUGAUCCUGCUCUAGCUGAGGAGCUUGGCGAAGGAAGUACUGCCACAAGAACUUUGCUAUCCAACUAUUCCCAGACUCCAAGGCUUGGUAUGACACCAUUGCGAACUCCACAGCGAACUCCAGCUGGGAAAGGUGAUGCUAUUAUGAUGGAAGCAGAAAAUCUUGCACGUCUAAGGGAAUCACAAACACCUCUUUUAGGAGGGGAUAACCCAGAUCUUCAUCCAUCAGAUUUCUCUGGUGUUACACCACGUAAGAAGGAGAUACAAACUCCAAAUCCCAUGGCGACACCCUUGGCAAGCCCUGGUCCUGGUGCUACCCCACGGAUUGGUAUGACACCUUCCAGAGAUGGGAAUUCCUUUGGUUUAACUCCAAAAGCUACACCCUUUCGUGAUGAGCUCCGCAUAAAUGAAGAGGUGGAAAUGCAGGACAGUGCUAAGCUUGAGCUUCGUAGGCAAGCUGAAAUAAGAAAAGGCCUGCGAUCUGGUUUUGCUUCUAUUCCACAGCCUAAGAAUGAGUACCAGAUAGUUAUGCCACCUAUCACAGAGGAUGAGAAGGAAGAAGCUGAAGAAAGAGUUGAAGAGGAUAUGUCAGACAGGCUAGCACGGGAGAGGGCUGAGGAACAAGCAAGGCAGGAGGCAUUGCUUAGGAAGAGAUCCAAAGUGUUGCAGAGAAGUUUGCCCAGGCCACCUGUUGCUUCAGUAGAGGUUCUUCGGCAGUCUCUGAUUAAAGGUGGUGAGAGCAGAAACCGAAGUACCUUUGUGCCUCCGACAUCACUUGAACAGGCUGAUGAUCUAAUAAAUGAGGAGCUCCUGAGGCUCCUUGAGCAAGAUAAUGCUAAAUAUCCCCUUGAUGAAAAAACUCAAAAAGAGAAAAAGAAAGGGAACAAGCGGCAGACAAAUGGGGCACCUUUUGUUCCUGAAAUUGAAGAUUUUGAUGAGGAUGAACUAAAAGAGGCUAGUUCUAUGGUUGAGGAGGAGAUUCAAUAUCUUCGUGUGGCCAUGGGGCAUGAAAACGAUUCUUUUGAGGAUUUUGUGAAAGCACAUGAUGCAUGCCAAGAGGACCUUAUGUAUUUUCCUACAAACGGCAGCUAUGGUCUUGCUAGUGUUGCUGGAAACCCUGAUAAGAUUGCCGCUUUGCAAAAUGAGUUUGAAAUUGUGAAGAAGAGAAUGGAUGAUGAAGCUAAGAAGGCUUCUCGGCUUGAGCAGAAGAUCAAACUUCUGACACAAGGGUACCAGGCACGGGCUGGAAAACUGUGGUCGCAGGUCCAAGACACAUUCAAGCAGAUGGACACUGCUGCAACAGAACUUGAAUGCUUCCUAGAGCUUCAGAAACAGGAACAGAUGGCUGCUUCCUACCGUGUCAGAAAUUUGACUGAAGAAGUGAAUAAACAGAAAGCAUUAGAACGGACACUCCAAAGCCGUUAUGGUGAUUUGUUGUCUAGUUACCAUAGGAUCCAAGAACAGCUUGAGGAGCACAAGUGUCAACUUAAGAUACAGGAGGCCGUAGAAGCAGAAAAUCGCGCUCGAGAGGAGGUUGCAGCACAGAAUUGUGCUGCUGAGGAAGAAAAUGAAAGGAGCCGUGAUGUUGAAGAGGGAAAAGGACAGAUGAAUAGUGUCACUGUUGAAGAGCCUGCUGGAAGCAAGCAAAUUAAUGAGGAUCAGAUGGAUGUGGACAAAAGUAAUGUAGAUGGGGAAUUCGUAGGCCCUGUUCCCCCAGCACCAGAUACUCAAGGGGAUAAUAGUGAGGCUUCUGUUCAAGAGAACUCUUCUAAUGCUCAGAGUGCGGACAACGCUACUACGAAUGGUGGAACAUGUGAGAGGAUUGAUUCAUCCAAAUUAGAAUGUCAGGACAAUUCUGAUGGCAGCAUUUCUGUGGAUGCUGGUAAUCAGGAAGAUGGCAAGAACAAGCUUCCAACUGUUGGUGCCAGUAUAAAUGAUGGUGCAUCUUCAGAUCACGCUGUCACAAAUGAAGAGAAUGACAUGGUUCCUUAGUAAAUAUCGUUUCUUGUACUUCAUCUGCAGCUGAGGCAGGCACAGACAAGGUAACGAAGGCAUCUAUAUUAAAGAAAACUGGGACUCUCUUGCGCAAAUUGUGCAAGCAGUAUGCCUUGCCAAAAAUGUUGAGAGAACAAGUUAGCAGAACCUUGGGUGAAGCCAAGCAGUAUGCCUUGCCAAAAAUGUUGAGAGAACACCAAAUUAACAGGGACUCUCAACUGAAUGUUCAAAGAUGUAGAACUGCCGAGCCCCCCCCCCCCACCCCGGCGCAAUGUUAUGCCUGUAAUUUUUGUGGGGCUUUAUGGACAUUAGAUUCCUGUACUACAUUGAUUUUGUCGAUUUUCUUUGGAGCUUACUAGGUGGGGAACACUCACCGCUAAAAAUCUUGCUGAACAUGUUGCUUUCUGUUGGAUAUUGAUCGGUUGUGGAAAAGGCUUGAAUGGUGAAA